AUGGGUUGUGAAAGAGGAGGAAAUUACAAAAGAAGAUAUGCAUCUGAAAUCACUAAUUCCUCUGAUGGAAUUUAUAGUAUGAAGGUUAAAUGUCAGUUUAGGUUGAGAUAUAUUCCAAGUGGCCCCAGUUGGAAGGUAGAUAAUGAUUUGGAAGGCCACAAUAUAUUGGGUCGUCUAAAAGAUCAUGAAAGAAAAUUUGUGAAUGACAUGACAAAGUACAAUAUGGCUCCUAGGUACAUAAUUGUCGCUUUGAAAGAUAAAGAUCCAGAAAACCUCAUGAGUAUUUCCCAAGUGUAUAAAUCUAGAUCAACAUACAAAAUAGGCAAGAGAGGUACAUUGAUAGAAAUGCAAAUGUUAUUGAGCCUUAUUCACAAAGAGAAAUACACGUGUUGGACUAAAAAUAGGGACAACUCGGAUAUUGUAGGUGAUAUCUUUUGGACACAUCCUGAUUCUGUGAAGUUCUUGCAUAUAGUUCAUUUGGUUUUAAUAUUUGAUUGUACGUACAAGAUAAAUAGGUAUCGGAUACCAACCACUGCUUGA